UUGUCAUUAUUUUAUCGCCGUCUCUCUGAAAUCUUCCCUUCGAAAAUGGGAUCCAUCUCUUCUUCUUGCUUUGUCUCAUCUCUUCUUUUAGUUUCGUACAAGAGAACCUUGUUUUCUCUUCAUGCAACGAAAACCCUGAUCUUGUCGCCGCUAAAGCCGCCGGAAUUUCCUUCCUUUCGUCGGACCAUCAUCACUUUCCAGAAGAUACCGACGGGAAUAUCACCGCCUCUUUCCGCUUCAUCGUUGCCGUCAAGCUCUGUGGAGCUUCAACCGAUCAAGGAGCUUCCUCCGGAGCUCCAAGAGAUCGUCAAUCUGUUUCGAUCGGUACAGGAGCCGAAGGCCAAGUACGAGCAGCUUCUGUUCUACGGUAAGAAUCUGAAACCGCUCGAUGCCCAGUUUAAAACGAGAGAAAACAAAGUGCAGGGAUGCGUUUCUCAGGUAUGGGUUAGGGCUUUUUUCGACGAAGAACGCAACGUCGUGUUCGAAGCCGAUUCCGAUUCGGUUCUGACAAAAGGGCUAGCAGCUCUUCUAGUUCAGGGAUUGUCCGGAAGACCCGUGCCGGAGAUCUUGCGGGUCACACCGGAUUUCGCGGUUCUUCUCGGAUUCCAGCAGAGUCUCACUCCUUCUAGGAACAAUGGGUUCCUUAAUAUGCUGAAGCUGAUGCAAAAGAAGGCACUUCAAUUAGCAGUCGAAGCCGAGGAGAACAAAGGAUUUACCCAUGAAGCGGAUAACGAUACAACAAGUGUUUCUGAUUCGGGUUCUGGGUCUAGAGCCGAUGAAAACGAUGCCUUGGGAAGGGAUAUGCUCCAAAACUCGGAAAACGAGUCGAAUUCUGGUGCUUUGGGAAGUAGAGGGAUGAGGAAUGGGUACCUUAUUAUGCGGAAGGGCAUUCUUCAAUUAGCGGUCGAAGCCGAGGAGAACAAAGGGUCUACUCAUGAAGCGGAUAAUGAUAAAACAAGUGUUCCUGGUUCGGGUUCUGGGUCUAGAGCCGAUGAAAACGAUGCCUUGGGGAGGGAUAUGCUCCAAAACUCGGAAAACGAGUCGAAUUCUGGUGCUUUGGGAAGUAGAGGGAUGAGGAAUGGGUUCCUUAUUAUGCGGAAGGGCAUUCUUCAAUUAGCGGUCGAAGCCGAGGAGAACAAAGGAUCUACCCAUGAAGCGGAUAAUGAUAAAACAAGUGUUCCUGAUUCGGGUUCUGGGUCUAGAGCCGAUGAAAACGAUGCCUUGGGAAGGGAUAUGCUCCAAAACUCAGAAAACGAGUCGAGUUCUGGUGCUUUGGGAAGUAGAGGGAUGAGGAAUGGGUUCCUUAUUAUGCGGAAGGGCAUUCUUCAAUUAGCUGUCGAAGCCGAGGAGAACAAAGGGUCUACUCAUGAAGCGGAUAACGAUACAACAAGUGUUUCUGAUUCGGGUUCUGGGUCUAGAGCCAGUGGGAAUGAAGAUUCGGGGAGGGAUAUGCUCCAAAACUCAGAAAACGAGUCGAAUUCUGGUGCUUUGGGAAGUAGAGGGAUGAGGAUAAGAGAGAAACUGGAGAGGGAGCUCAAUCCUGUUGAAUUAGAAGUGGAAGAUGUAUCGUAUCAGCACGCAGGGCAUGCUGGUGUUAGGGGUGGUAAUGGAGAUGGGGAAAUGCAUUUCAACUUGAGAAUUGUUUCGGAUAAUUUCCAAGGGAAAAGCUUGGUUAAGAGGCGUAGGCUGAUAUAUGACAUGUUGCAGGAUGAAUUGCAGAGCGGAUUACAGGCAUUAUCUAUCGUGGCCAAGACUCCAUCUGAAGAUUGAGGGCCUUGCAGAGGAAGAGAAGCAGGUCAGCUUCUUUGAUCCUUGAUUCAUCAGCUUCGUAUUCGUUCCUCUUACGGGUUUAGCAAAGUUUACUGCUUUAGCCACCUAGCAUACAUGACUCGGUUUCGCGCGAUCCCUACGGAUGAGAAUUGGACGUUUGUAACGAUGAAGGGUUCACAUGUAUGUGGAUAUAUAUGGCGAUUCAUGUCACUUUGGUCUUCUUUGUUUUGAAUUACGAAAGUUUCUGUCUUUGGAUUAGCAAAUUAUAUCCUUGGUGUAAAAUUUUACAAGGCAAGAAUCCAUGCGGAGAGAUUACUUUGUA